AUGCAUCAAUUCCAGUCAUUCGCUCCUCCCCAACCCCCUACCGUCGCUGAAUACGCCUUCCCGAGUGUCCUCCAGUUCCUUCAAUCCGAAUGGCGUCGCUUCGAACGAGAUAGGAAUGAAUGGGACAUUGAAAAGUCCGAGAUGAAGGCCAGGAUCGCGUUCUUGGAGGGCGAGAAACGUGGUGUCGACAACUCCAAGAUUGACCUUAUGAAGCGUGUCAAGAUGCUCGAAUUUGCAUUGAGGCAGGAGAGGAGCAAGUAUGUCGAGGCUAAAGAUGACAACGCUGCUGCAGUCCCUGCGCAAGGCCAACUGCCCCUGGCCCAUGGUAUCGCCCCCUCUCAUGUGAACAUCAAGACUCAAAACAGAAUGUCGACCUAUGGACAAAACAUGACCCAGGUCAGCCCGACCUCCGCAACUCCUGGCCUUGACCCUCUAGGAAGAGCCAAGAGCAGAGAGUUUCUCAGAAUAUGUCUGCAGGAAAUCAGCUACUUGACUGCUUCUGUUCCACAAUCAAUAGCCUCGGCCAUGCCCCCUGCACCAACACGACUUGUCCGGAAUGAAAGUGACCGAAGAGCGGCUGCUGCUGCAGGUGGAAGAAACAGAAAGAGCGACCACUACCCUGCCACACAGACGACAUCAGCACCUCCUCCACUUAACCGAGCCAGCUCUGUUCCGCUCUCAACACUCCAGUCCUUUGGUAAAGGCAAGCCCGCUGUGAACAAUUCUCCCGCUCUAAUUGAAGACAAAGCCGAGGAUGCAACCCUUCGACUGUUUGCCGUACCACAUAAUGCCACCCAGCCAAUACCCAACCGCAACACCAAUGACUCCGAAGAGUCAACACGGGCCGAACAUUUUGUUAAACCAGCACCUUUGAUCACUACGAACAUGACCAAGCCCCCGACUGAAAAAAUGGAUUCGGAGAAGGACUCAUCGGACGACAUGGAUUCUGUGGACGAAGACCCGGUGACGGUUGUGCAUUCGCCAUUGUCAGGAGACGACUGGCAUGCCAAGCUUCAGCGAGCUGGACAGCAGCUUGCCCUUCAGGACAAGCCCAAGAAGUCUAAAAAAGCUGAGGAUGACGUUCAGUUAGCCAAAGAUGUUCAGGACAAGUUCAACAUUUCACCAGAAAGAUUGAACAAGAUGGUGAAGGAAUGGGACAAGACAAAACUCGACGGAGUGGGAUCUCAAAAGUCCAUGCGCAAGAAGAAAGCCAAGGAUUCAGCUUUGCUCGAUGAACUAGCCAAUCUAACUGUCGAUGAGGCAGAGGCCGAUAUGGGAACCAGAACAGGUGACACUGCGACUGACGAGCCGGCGCGCUGGCGGCCAAAGGUCACCCUCAGAAGACAUUUGGACACUGUCCGCUCCAUCGCAUUCCACCCAACCAAGAAGGCAAUUCUUUCAGGAUCCGAGGAUGGUACUAUGAAGUUCUGGAACCUGGAAACCGUACUGGGAGAUUCAAGGAAAGCAGCCAGCGGCGAGAUUGAUCCGAUUCACACCUACCGUGGCCACACUAAAGGGAUCACAGCCGUUGCACUUUCCGCCGACCAAAACAAAUGCUUCUCUGCCAGUCUUGAUCGAACCGUCAGAGCUUAUGGUCUUGUUCCUAUGGACAAGGAGACAUAUGCCCGACUUGAUCCGAGUUUGAAUUUGUCGACGUUUGUUGGACAUACAGAUGCAGUGUGGGAUAUUCGUCUGUUCCCACUCUCAAUCUCUUCGUCGCAGCUGUUGGGCUCGAUCUCUGCGGACGGAACUGUCAAAAUUUGGGACACAGAGACCAAAGGGUCACCAUUGAAGUCAUCAUGGAGCUAUCAUGGAUCGGACGCCUCAUCAGCGACAGCAUCAACAGGACCCAAACUGCGUCCUGUGCCGACUGGACUGGACUUUUGUCCGACGGACUUGAAAAAGAUGGUGGUCAGCUACUCCAACUCUGUCAUCAAGCUGUUCGAUAUCGAGACUGGCAAGGACAUCUUGACCUUCAAGAGCAACGAAACCUAUGAUGGCACGACGGGCACACAAAUCAACAAGGUCAUUUGCCAUCCUACGCUUCCAGUCGUCGUAUCUGGACAUGAGGACCGAUACAUUCGCUUCUUCGACCUCAAAAGUGGGGCGUGCUCGUACUCGAUGUUGACACAUUUGGAUGCAGUCUCGUCUCUGGACAUUGACCCUGCAGGAUUGGUCCUUUGUUCGGGCGGACAUGACGCGUCAGUUAGGUUGUGGGAUAUUGCUUCAACUCAGCGGACGUGUCUGCAAGAGUUCACAGGACACCGACGCAAAGGAAACGAGGGAGUUUGCACGGUCCAAUAUCACCCAACCAUGCCUGAGUUGCUUGCUACUGGCGGUGCUGAUUCGCUCGUCAAGAUUUACACCAGAAGCUAA